CUCUCCUCGCGACUCAAUCUGGUGUAUGUGUGCUGGCAGGCAGGCUAAUCCCAGGGUCAGUCCACAGAAGUUAGGCACAGCGAAUAUCAUAAGAGUUGUGCCUAACAGACAUUGAACGGCAGUAUUAUAUUACUCAAGAGCAGAAACCAGUGGAUCUUCUAGAAAGCACCAGUGGACCCACACCGGUGACUGUCUACCAUGUUGUCCAGAUUAAGGACAACCUGGUCUCUGAGGCCAUGCAUCUCUCUUUGCAGAUGGGUCCACACCAAAGAAAAGGGCAAGCCCCUCAUGCUCAGCCCUCGCACCAACAAAGGUAUGGCCUUUUCCCUUCAGGAGCGUCAGAUUUUGGGGAUACAUGGUCUGCUGCCUCCCAAAGUGGAGACUCAGGAAAUUCAGGCCCUGCGCUUUCAGAAAAAUCUCAAAAAGCUGCACGAUCCCCUGGAGAAGUACAUCUACCUGAUGGGCAUCCAGGAAAGGAAUGAGAAGCUUUUCUAUAGGGUGUUGAUGGAAGACAUAGAGGAGCUGAUGCCGAUUGUUUACACUCCCACUGUAGGGCUUGCCUGUACGCAGUAUGGACAUAUCUUUAGAAGACCAAAAGGCCUGUUUAUCUCCAUUCUGGACAGAGGACAUAUCCGCUCCAUCCUUGACAACUGGCCAGACACUAAUGUUGCAGUAGUAGUAGUAACUGAUGGAGAGCGUAUCUUGGGAUUAGGGGACCUGGGUGUUUAUGGAAUGGGAAUACCUGUUGGGAAACUUUGCCUGUACACUGCCUGUGCUGGCAUCAGACCUGAGAAAUGUCUCCCUGUGGUGAUCGAUGUUGGGACGGAUAACGAGACUCUCCUUAAGGAUCCGCUUUACAUGGGGCUGUACCAGAAGCGAGACCGCUCCCAAGCAUAUGACGAUCUCAUUGAUGAGUUCAUGGAAGCUGUCGUGGACAAAUACGGGCAGGACACGCUGAUCCAGUUUGAAGACUUUGGGAACCACAACGCGUUCCGCUUCCUUAGAAAGUACAGGGAGAAGUACUGCACCUUCAACGAUGACAUCCAAGGCACUGCGUCUGUAGCUCUUGCCGGUCUGUUAGCAGCUCAGAGAGCAGUUGGCAAACCCAUCACUGAACACCGGGUGCUGUUCCUGGGAGCAGGAGAGGCUGCCCUUGGAAUUGCCAAUCUGAUUGUGAUGGCCAUGAUGGAGACGGGAAUGACCCAAGCUGAGGCCAGGAAGAAAAUCUGGAUGUAUGAUAAAGAUGGCUUACUUGUAAAGGGCAGACAGCAGGGAACUGACUCUAACCAGGAAGCAUUUACCCAUGAGAGUCCAGGGGAUGUACAGAGCUUCCUAGAUGCUGUCAAUGCCAUCAAACCUACAGCUAUCAUUGGUGUGGCAGGAGCUGGACGUCUGUUUACCCAUGAUGUCAUCAAGUCCAUGGGAACCCUGAAUGAACGGCCAAUUAUCUUUGCCCUGAGCAACCCAACCAAUAAAGCAGAGUGCACAGCAGAGGAGGCCUACACUCUGACAGAUGGAAGAUGUCUUUUUGCGAGCGGCAGCCCUUUCGGUCCAGUGACUCUGAGCGAUGGUCGCGUCCUUACACCAGGACAAGGGAACAACGCUUACAUUUUUCCAGGCGUGGGCCUGGCUGUGAUCCUGAGUGGAGUGAGACACAUCAGUGACACGGUUUUCUUAGAGGCUGCCAAGACACUUGCAGAGCAGCUGACAGAUAAAGAGCUUGCAGAAGGCAGACUCUACCCUCCUCUGUCCAACAUCAGGGAGGUCUCUAUCCAGAUGGCUGUCAAGGUGGUGGAGUAUCUCUAUGCUAAAGGCAUGGCGUUCCACUACCCUGAGCCAGUGGACAAGGACGCCUUUGUGCGGGCUACUGUCUGGAAGACCGACUAUGAAUCUUUCCUGCCGGACACCUAUGAUUGGCCAGGUGUCAACUUUAGCCCCAAGUCCAUCUAGAAAUAGGGCACACUCACUGUGGCUCAUGUCAUAAUGGCCUUCUCUUCCUUUUUUUCCUGCUUUAUACCUAAUCACAGAUUUUGUAAGAUUGCCUUACUUUAAACAUAUGCUUAAAAAUAGACCACAGUAGCCAUGCUGCUACAUUCUCACCAAACCAGUCUUAUUGGAUCUGUGAACAGUCAAAGUGGAAAGUGAAGAGAAGGGCAUUCUCAUUUUAAAUUACACUUCUCCAUUAUGUGCAUAAUGUAGAAACCUGCACAAAGCCAGAUGGCCACCUGGUGGUGGAAAUGGGCAGUGGUUACAUCUAUUUUCCAUGCUGCUCCAUCAAAAACUCAGCACUAAAUUUGCAUAAAUUUCAUGAAUUUUUUUUCCCAUUAAUUUUUAAGAUGUUAUUGUUUCACUGUAUCUGUAAUCUAAUAAUGACUAAUCUGUCAUUUUGUUGUGUACAUUUCUGAUAUUUGCUGUCUUCAGUUAGCACGCACAAACUCCAUUCUUUACUUGUACUCCGUCUUCUAGUAUUCUUGCAAGCUUGCAAGAAAUGACCUCAAUUUCAUAACAUUUAGUAAUAUCCAGUAUGUAUUUGUGUAUUGCCUUUGUCCACCUUAAAUAAGGCUCUGGUCAGUUUUCCUCUUCUCAUUAAUACCCAGUAUAAGACAUCUAGCAGAGCAGAGGACUGAAGAGGAGAGCCUUUCUGUUAGAGGCAAACAAAGACCGAUUCACUAAAAUUGAGAUUUUCUGAAGGGAAAAUACAUGAAAGUUAUAUAUUUAAAAAAAAAUGUAGGCAGACAACCUUUUAACAUCCACUCCAGCCUUUUGUUUGUUUGAUUAAUUGUGUCACCUAAUAUUUAUUUCUUUGAAUUCAUGUUUUUUUUUUUUGUAUUCAACUGUUUUGAAAAGCCUCUCUUCAACACUCCUUAAGGAAUGGUCUCAUGAAGAAUGUAUCCCUUAAAAUGAACAAUUUUGCUUAAGUGUUAUAUGAAUACUUAAGAAAAUAUGUGCAGUAUAUAAUCAUUAGAUACUCAUUUAUGUUGUUAAAUGAACUUUUUUGGUCUGAUGCGCAGUGUGUGGCAUUGAGGUAUGUUGGUUUUACUACUAUUGUUUCGUCUGAGCAGACUGUACAAACUCACAGGCCAAGCUUCUCUUCAGUGUUAUGAUCCACCACGAGGUUAAAACACAGGUUAUGUAUUCUAGCACAAGUACUCCUCAUGUAAUAAGUCUUUUUUGACUCAGCCAAGUGAUGUAAACUGUGAACUGUUUGAAAAUAUUAUUGGGAUUAGAAAAUAUUGACUGAAAAGCCCUGGUUGAUUAAGUCCUUCGUACUGAAUAGCAAUGGUGCCUAAGCACUGUAUAGACUGGCAAAAUAUCUUUGUGAUAAAGUGCAAGUCGGCUAUACAGUGUACAAAUCCACGUGUCAGUUUGAUGUACUGACCUAAUACCAGUAGGACACACUGCUGACCGUUAACCUGCUGAGGUUCUCUGUUAGCGCUUUGUUUUUGCUCAGUUCUGUGACAGAUUGCUGCAUUGUAAUAGCAAAUAAACUAAAGGUAUACCACAGUGUUUCAUGUAAAAUGCAGGAUUCAAUCUAUGCUAUGAUCAUAUUUCUAAGACUUUAAACUGCUUUAUGACAGGGGCAUUGGCAGCAUUGCACAUUGGUCUUCAGAGAUGUGUGUAAAAUGGAGAUGGUUGACAGGUUAAAGAAAGAAAAUGAGUAUUUUAACAAGGAGAGGGCACCUACAUCAGGAUAGAAGUGCUUCAUGGUUCAUAUGCAGUGAAUGCUCCCUGUAACCAUGCCAGCAAAAAGCCGCCUUCUUUUUCCUUUAAAUUGUCAUCCAUCGAUUUACACUGUAAAACUUUAACUCAAGGACCU